AUGAAGCCUUGCGGCAGCCAGGAGCCCGUGCCCAGCAGCUCGAGGGAAAGUAUGACGUCAGAGGGCACGAAUGAGCAUCCACAGGGCCUCCCAUCCCCCGAGGCAUCAGCAAGCCUGCAUAGCAUGACUGUCCAUACAACACAGGACAGCAGAGUUCACGCCUCACGCACCAGGAGGGCCCGCCCUGGUGCUCACUUCCAGGCUCCCCCCUCAUCACCGCGAUCGCCCCUUUCUUGCUGCAACACCUUGUUUUUUCCGUCAACCAUACAGGCGGCUCCUUCCAUCCAGUUGCUAGAGAGCAGAGUGAAGGAGCCGAAAAGUGCCCCAGUGUCAGAUAAGCCAGUGGAGCUGCGGGCACAGCCCUCCACCCCAUGUAAGCCUCAGCACGAGGGUACCCCUAUUCUGCAUCAGACUCACUCUGCUGCUGCUUCCCCUUCAAGCCGGCAUCUGCUGUCUCCAAAUGGCAGCCUGCGAGCGGCUAAGCCCAGCGACUCUUCGCGGGAGGCCCACCAGUGGCACUUCAGCAGCAGCAGCAGCCGUGGUGGCAUCGCAGCUGGCGGUGCAGCCCACAAGCCACGAGUCGGUCCACUUUACCCAACUGGAGGCCCGCUUCUGCCUUCCAGUCUCCACUUGAAGACGCAGCGACAGCUUAACAACGCCUCACCUGGCAAGCGCCUUACGGCUGUCCCCAGAAAUGUCGAUGUUUCAUUGCAGGGAGCACAGCCACUCAAAAUCUUCUGCGGCACCUGGAAUUGUCAGUACCAGGAUUUCCCAGUCAGCGUGCUUACGAAUAGUCAAACAGCAGUGCGGGUUCCGCGGCUCCCUGAUUGCUCCAAUUAUUCAGCUUGCACCCUCUCUGGAUCCCCAAAUUCUUGCGCAACGGAGUGCUUGCCAGAUGAGCUUCCCGCGGAAGUUAUUGCAAAAAUGGGCGGCGAAUUCGACAAAUUGUACGACUUGGAGGGGAUGGAGAAACAUGGGUGGCAACAGCCAACAAACGACUCUGCGGGGCCGCCUCAAGUCCACAUCAAUCCUCCGUCUCUAGCUCGGAAGAGCACCAUCAAGAGAGGGGAUCUUGUGAGAUCCAGCACAAAGCUUCUCACCGCCGUGCAAGGGGAGGACCAGCCGUUGGUGGACUGGCUGUUGCCGGGCUACGAUGUGUAUGUUGUCUCGCUUCAAGAAACUUUGGGUCAGAGUAUCUUUGAAACCGUCACUGUUUAUCUCUCAACUGUAAAUGGAACAUCCUUCAAGCGGAUCAAGUUUUCGGAGGAUAAACUUUCCGGAUUGGGCGACGGCGCGUGGAUGCAGUUCAAGAGCACCAGCUUGGCGGCAUGGGCGCGAGAAGAUCUAGAGGGGGAAGGAAAGCCCGUUAGCUUUGUGAGCUCAAAGGCAGCGUCCGUGAGCUUCUUGUCUGGGAGUAAAGGGGGCGUCAGCGUCUGUCUCAAGAUUUGGGGUCAAUUAUUUUGUUUUAUUGGCUGUCAUAUGCCGUCAACAUCCCCUGAGGACCGCCGUAAGGCUAGGGCUGUUGUGGAGCAGCGGUUGCUAGAGUUUUAUGGAGGGGCGUCGAGUUGGGCGGAAGCGUUUCAUCAUGUGCUAUGGAUGGGUGAUUUCAAUUUCAGGACACAGCGAGUAACCGUUCAGCGGGCGGUUUCUCUUCUUAAGCAAUCCCCCACAGGCUUAUUCGCUUUUGAUGAGUGGGUGGGGCCUAACGGCGACGAUAUGCGUUCUGCUGGUUUCGUUGAGGCGCCAGUCGUUUUCCCUCCCACUUACAAGAAGGCUGACGGCCGCCCGCCGGCGAACUUGAGCGAACCGAAGUGGGUAGAGGCGGAGUACCAGACACACAUGAUCACACAGUGGUACAAAGGAGCCAGACACCAAGAUCGCAUUCCUUCGGUGCGCCUUCUCUUCUCCUACUUGAAGCCUGGCCUUGAGGUCUCCUCGCUCCUCCGCUUUCAGCCAGAUAUGUACUUCUGUGCCAUGCCAAGCCGGCCGUCGUUUUUGAUUGCCAGCGACCACUCUCCCGUAGGCUUAGGCCUCGAAUGUUUUCCUCUGGAUUUUGCCUACGCGCUACCAGAUGUCACUUCAAACGCAGCGGCCUUCAAGAAGUCAGUCAAUGCGGCUAUCCCUAAGUCAUCAGCAACACCUGAAAACAUUGGUGAGGAGAUGUACAUGGGCAGCUGA